GAAGCAGAAAAGAGACAUGAGGCUUACGCAGGUGGAUUUAUUCGACACGGAGGAGCAGGGAUCAACAAUGGCGAUGGAAGUCGACGACGUUGACCCACUGGAGGUCUUCAAGGAAGGUGCCAUCAACGUCGACAACAAGCUCGCCGACGCCGAUUUCUUCAACAAUUUCGCGGACGAUUUCGACGACUCCGACAUCAAUUGAUGCUCUCGCAUCCCCUACCCUCUACUGCUAUAUAUCUCUUCUUUUUUAUCUAUUGAGGGGCAAAAGAGGGGACAGCCGGAAAGGGUGGUUGGCCUUUUAGCUUAAAGCAGCAUUCUGAGGGAUGUGGUAAAGGGGUGUUCUCAUAUCAAGGGGGUAGGAACUGGAAAUGUACUAUGAUCUUGUUCAUGUUAGUUGUGUGUUCAUCUAUUGGCGGAUUAAUGUCCAUUUGCAUUUUAGCUAAUUAAUUACCUGUAAAAUUUUUCUAUGUUCUUUACAUUAACUUAUAUAUGGGAUUCAUAAUGUGCAUGAACAUAAGGGUGCUAAUACUGCUGAUGAAUAUCGGAAGUAAUUAUAGAAAUUGACUUCGGUGUUCGGUUCCUUUUAUGGUUUCCCCCGUUAUCUCUCUCCAUUGGUUUCCUCCAUCUCUUGUAUCUAUAUUAACUUUGUAUCUGAGCAACAGGUGGUAGAGUAACAUGCUUUUAUGUUUUCUUGCACUUCCUGUUAAAUUUUCUAUCCAGUAAACCAGUAAUACCUUUAAUAACAAUACUGAUUAAUUUUAGUGAUUUUCAUCGAACAGUGCAAUAUUAUGAAGGCACACUAGAAAGCAAAAAGCAGGAUCACAACAAUAGGUGAUAAGGCAAUUUCUUUGCUACUUGAUUUGUAGUGGGGAUAUCAUGCAUCGUCUUCCCAUAAUAACCCAAUAUAGUCAUGAAAUUUGCCUGAUAGACCUACCAUAUUGACAUCACAAGGGGAACCAUUAAGAGAAACCCUAUUGCUUUGUUUCCUUCUAAUUGCUUUGAAGCAGGCCUUCAAAGCUGUGGUGUUGCCGCCCAAGCCUGUAUUAUUUUGCAACAUAUCUGUUGAUGCUUUUUAAGAUGGUGGAUCAUUAGAGAGAGGUCCUUCCAAUUGAUUAUGGGAUAUGUGUACAAAUUUCAAACUUAACAUCUCACUGAAAGUCAAUGGGAUGGGCCCGGAGAGCUUGUUGUGGGAGAUAUUGAACACUUCAAACCUCUGUAGAAGCCCUGACUCCUGAGGCAAAGCUCCUGUAACUUAUCUGGCUUAUGUCAAGGCUCUGGAAAUAGUGUGUAGGUUGCCAAUCUGGAAGUCCAUACGUCAUUUUCAAGCUCUUCAGAUUGACUUUUGCCUAAUUAACAUAUAUAGCUCACCAUACAAGUUAUUGUAGCUGAGGUCAAUAUAAUGCAAGUAUGGAUACAGGCCUAGCUCAUCCACUAUAUUUCUUGUAAGUAGCUAGAUUCCUUCAAGUCCAACUCAAAAUAAAUUUAGGCAUUGUUUGGUUCA